CACCACUUCCCUACAGCCUCUUAGAUCGCAAAUUUUCCCUCAGAUUACCACAACGCGAGAUUUUAGUCACUAUGAGUUUCUGGCGAUUAUUGGCUACAGCCACAAUAUGCUUCUACUUUAUUGCGCGUGCAAACGCCUGCGAUCGUCGACGGUCUCCUCCCCCUUGCCCCAGGCGAGAUUGCACUUAUACCCAAUGGGGGCAGUGGGGCGCCUGUACCGCAAAAUGUGGGUACGUAGGCAUCAAAACACGAACGAGGUCACUGCGAAGUUCUGCUCAAUGCGGUGGACGAUGCGACUACAAAUACUCAGAACAAGCAUCCUGUCCGAAUACUUGCUGUCCUAUAGAUUGUCGCUAUACGUGGCAAAGUUGGUCGGCUUGCGACGUCACCUGCGGCCAUGGUAAGCGCACGCGAUAUAUGAAGAUCACCUCGAACGAGAAGUGCGGUGGAAAGCCUUGUCCAAGUACGAGAACACAGAAGGCAGUUUGCGGGGAUGGACGAUGCUGUCCGGUCAACUGUCGCGUGGGCAGCUGGGGAGCCUGGGGAGGAUGUAAUGCUGCUUGCGAGAGGAGUGGAACGAAGACACGAACGAGACCAAUCACAACUCGAAGUUCGUGCAAUGGCAAUGCCUGCCCAAGUACAACUGACAGCCAACCGUGCACCGGUCCGUGUUGUCCACGAAAUUGCGUGCUCUCCCAAUGGACGGCCUGGACCAAAUGUUCUUCCCCUACUUGUAAGACAAACAGCGGUACACAGACGAGGUCAAGACGCAUCAUAACGCCAGCUUCCUGCGGUGGCACUUGUAGUUCAGUAUUAACUCAGAGUCAAAGCUGUACACCGAUUCCUAUAACAUGCCAAAUGAGCUCAUGGGGAAAGUGGCAGGCAUGUGUUGCUACAAACGGCAAGUGUGGCGGGGGGAUAGAGAAGCGUACUCGAACGAUAACUCGUGCUAGUUACUGCAGUUUACCCUGUCCCGCAACAUUGCAAAGUCGAGCCUGUGUACAUAGCUGUUGUCCUGUUCACUGUCAGCUAAGCUCUUGGAGCGCGUGGUCAGCAUGCUCCUCCACGUGUGGACAGGGAAAAUCGGUCCGGACUCGUACAAUACAGCGACCUCCAAGUUGUGGUGGUAAUAGUUGCGGAGCUCUGAGCGAAAGUAAUAGUUGUACUCAGUAUAACAACCGAAAUUGCCAAAUGGGGGCGUGGACCUCGUGGUCUGUUUGUGACAACGGCUGUGGUGUCGGAAAGCAACGGAAAUCUCGUAGGAUUGUCCAACAACCCUUGUGCUAUGGUCGAAAAUGUGGACCAAUCGAAGCGUACAAACCCUGUACUGAUUACAGAAACAACAGAGAUUGCAAGGUCGGACAUUGGUCAUCGUGGGGUAAGUGUGAUCAAACGUGUUCAGUUGGGAACAAAGAUAGAACAAGAGUGGUCACGCAAGCCAAACAAUGUAAUGGAAGGUCGUGUCCUGUACUGAAGGAAUCCACGCAAUGCGGCUCUCCAAACAAUGGCUGUGAACAUCAAUGUAGAAAUGGUGUUUGUUCCUGUAACGCUGGAUACUAUCUUAGAGGAAGUAAACAAUGUUUAGCAAAGGAUUGUGGGUUGCUUACAUUGAGUUAUUGCGCUCCAGGAACCCGAUUGGGAACAACCUGCAAACACGCCGCUGUAUCCUGUCCUAAAAAUCAAACUACGUAUCCAGUUACAUGUUCGCUACUCUGCCCCAGUACUUACGCUCUUCAAGGCGCCCGCAGUGUCACGUGUACGACGGCUGGCACUUGGAGCUCUUCAGCUGCAACAUAUUGUCGGAGAAUCAAUGAUCCACCCACGCGGAUUAUUCUAUCAGGAUCUCGCAGCAUUUCCGAGAAUAGUCCUCGUGACACACUCGUUGGAGUCCUGACUUCACUGGAUCCAAAUCCCCGGGAUUCACACACGUAUACCUUAAUAUCCGGGGGAGAGGCAAAGUUCACCAUCAGAGGAAAUAAAUUGUACACCACCGUCGCUCUGAACUAUGAGACGAUGAACAAACGAUAUGACUUGAAAAUUCGAAGCACAGACAAUGGCAAUCCUUCCUUGUUUAUAAACCAAGUGAUAACAGUCACCUUAACUGAUAUCAACGAAAGACCUACCUCUGUUCAGUUAUCAAAUCGUCAAAUAGCAGAAAAUCCAGACCUCGACGCUGUCGUUGGCUUGUUAUCAACCACAGACGAAGACAACUCUCAAACACAUUCUUACACUUUGAUUGACUCGGCGGCUGGACGCUUUAAAAUUGACGGAAGAUCUCUUAAGGUCGCUAUAAGCAAUGGUAAUUGCCUUGCAAAGGGUGGAGAUUUUUGUAAACUGAAUUACGAGGCAAACCCAAGCCACCAGAUCACUGUACGAAGUGCUGAUAACGGGAACCCAGUUUUAUCGAUAAACGCAACUUUCACAAUUAACCUCACCGAUGUAAACGACCAGCCAAGAGAACUGAGCUUAAGUGGAAACACCGUAAACGAGACUGCAAAAAUAGGAACUGUUAUCGGAAGAUUUUCAGCGCAGAACGAAGAUUCUGGACAGCAUUUGACUUACACUUUAUCUGACGAUGACCAAGGACGAUUUGCUGUGAGUUCGGAUGGAAUCUUGACAAAAGUUUUGGCAACAGAUUACGAGACGAACACAACUCAUUUUAUAACGGCCGUUGUGAAAGACGAUGGAACACCUGUGAAACAGAUGAAAAAGACAUUUAUGAUUGAAGUAUUAAACGCCCACGAGCCCCCAGUCAGUAUCCAUCUUACUGACAAAGGUGGUCAGCUAUCGUUCCCACGAGACCAGGGGAAAGUCAAUGAAAAUGCGACUGUCAAUGCAGUGGUGGGGUCUUUAGAAGCUACAGAUGAUGAAGUUUCGCAGAAUCUUAUUUUCACUCUGGACAUCAAUCCCUUGCAGUCCUUCGUGGUAACACCAGCAGUUUGUACCCACCCGAAAAAGACCAUUACCAAAUGUACAGCGCAAUUGAAGGUGAAAGGAUCAUUGAAUUACGAAGUUACCCCAAGUUUGAAAAUCACUGUCCGUGUAACAGAUCAACAUGGCAAGUUCAUAGUACGAAUGUUUAACAUCACCGUUCUUGAUAACAACGAUCGGCCGAGCAAUGUGACUAUCUCAGGGAAUCUGGAAGCUAGCGUUGUCGAAAACAGCCGGGCUGCGCUCAUUGGGGAACUGGUGACUACCGACGAGGAUAAAAAUCAGAAUCACCAUUAUAAUCUGCUUAGCAAUACUGAUAUUUUUGAAGUUCGACGAAAUAGAUUUUUGUAUCUCAAAGAUGCGUUAGAUUACGAACAAAAAACCCAAUAUGUUGUCAUGGUAACAUCAACUGACGAUGGAUCUCCCGCGUUGACGUCAUCGACCCAAUCAUUUAUUGUUCACGUGAUCGAUCAAAACGAAGCUCCUGUUGGCAUAACUCUCAGUAAUGCGAACAUCCAGGAGAAUAGCCCCUCCGGAACUGUUAUUGGUAACUUUACCAUUCAAGAUCCUGAUAACUUCGGAAACUAUCCACAAAGGCAGUCUCACGUUUGCCGGCUAACCAACUCCGCCCAAGGAAAAUUCCAGAUUGUCCUUAAAAACGGUCAGAAUUUCCUCAUCCAGGCUGUAAACUCCCUCGAUUAUGAACAAGCCAUCUCGCACAAUAUUAGUGUCCUUUGUUCCGAUCCGUAUGGGCUAAAAAAGGAAGCUGAUUCCAAUGUAAUCGUGGACGAUGUAAAUGAGGCGCCAAUAAAGGUGGCUCUGUCGAAUUCCCAAAUUCCAGAGAAUAACGGAUCAGCGGUAGUUGGUAUUCUUUCAACGCAAGAUCCGGAUAACGCCAACAACCAAUCAAAACAGAGCUUUAACUAUUUUCUGAAUGCGUUUGGGGCCAGUCCUUUCGUAAUCAAUGGCAAUGUAUUGAGAACAACUAGAAGUCUGAAUUACGAGAAUUCAAAGUCUUGGACUGUUUCAGUGCGGGCCCGAGAUAGCGGGAAGCCAUCUCUCUAUCGCGAUGAACGCCUUGUGGUGGAUGUCUUGAAUGUUAAUGAUAAACCAUUUGCAAUCCAGCUCUCAAACGUUCAAAUCAAAGAAAACAGCGGUGUCGAUGCUGUUGUUGGUAACCUGGCAACAAGUGACCAAGAUAUUGGCCAGAGGCAUGCGUACACACUCUUGGAUACCGCUGGCGGUCGUUUCAAGAUUGAAGGACGUUCAGUGAAGGUGGCAAUCUCAAACACACUUUGCCUUCAAUUUGGAGGUAGCUUAUGUGGGCUGAACUAUGAGGCUCAAGCAAGCUUUAACAUCUCCAUCAGAACAACAGAUAAUGGAAAUCCUGUGAAACAUUUUGACCAAACGUUCAUCAUCUACCUCACUGAUGACAACGAUAGACCAAGAGACCUUACGUUGGACAAAAACAAGAUAUACGAGAAUGCAACAUCGGGAACUGUGAUUGGUUCUUUUACAGCACGUGACGAGGAUGCCGGACAAAAUUUGAGCUUCUCAUUAAUUGAUACCGAUGGCGGGAGAUUUGUCUUGCUUGGUAAUAAGUUGGUGACAGCAAAAUCACUCGACCACGAGGCUAAUAAGAGCCACGUCAUUAGGGUGGCUGUUACGGAUAAUGGCUAUAAUGCAUUGAAGCUCACACGAAACUUCAUAAUUGAAGUUCUCAACGUCAACGAGGCUCCCGUUACAGUGAACUUUACCGGGCCCCAGACUCCUGAAGUGUUUGAAAACACCACGACCGGAAAAAUUGUGGGAACCUUGCUAGCCUUAGACACCGACGCAAAUCAAGAUCUCAAGUUUUCACUAGAUGAUGAUUCCCAAGGUGAAUUCUCGUUGGAGUCUUUGGGUGCGAUUUGCCAAUCCAGUGCAAAAGAUCAGAACAAAACGAAGUGUACUGUAAAACUGUUGCUAUCUAAACCACUGAAUUAUGAGAUAAAUGCUGUUCGUUCGAUAACUGUGCGUGUUACAGACAACCACGGGUUAUUCACUGUGGAGAGAUUUGAUAUCAAAGUAUUGGACUCCAACGAUGUGCCCACGAGCAUCAGUCUGGGGGGAGGUGUGUCAGCGGUUGUUGCCGAAAACUUUGACGGCGCGUUAGUUGGAGAACUGGAAACGAGGGACGAAGACAGACUACAGACCUGGAUAUAUUCUUUGAUGGAUGAUUUCGGAGGGUUAUUCAGGGUGAACGGAACGAAAAUCUAUGUUAGCCAAGGAAGAUAUUUGAACUACGAGAAAAGAUCGAAAUAUAUUCUCACUGUAAAAUCACUUGAUAAUGGAGUACCAGCUUACGGCGUUUCACGAAACUUUACGAUUUUUGUGACGGACAUCAACGAAGCACCAACGAGUAUUGAAUUUUCAAAUACAGAAAUACUUGAAAACUCGCCCCCCGGGACUGUGAUAUCUAACGUCACUGUCAAUGAUCCCGAUAACAUCGUCUCCCGAAGACAAAUCCAUCUAUGCGUCGUGGUUAAUCAGAAUAAGUUUAGGAUAAAUUCUGGGCGUUUGGUGAGCAGCGUGGCCCUCGAUUAUGAAACAACACCUUUUAUUUACAAUGUUUCCAUAGAGUGCACAGAUAGUGGGUCUCCUAGGUUGAAACUUGUUCAAGAUUUUACCGUUACUAUCAGAGACAUCAACGAAGCGCCAAGUGAUAUUGUUCUGUCAGGUUUGACCGUUCUUGAGAAUCGCGACAAAGCUGUGAUUGCCACCAUCUCCACGAUCGACCCCGACAAUGAAAUCGGUAUGAGACAAAGCUUCUCAUAUCGGCUAAUCGCAGGCGUGAAUUUACCAUUUAAAAUUAAUGAUACCGACAGUUUGAUCACCACGCGAGCCUUGGAUUAUGAAGUUGCAUCAUUGUGGAACAUUACCAUCGAGUCUCGUGAUACUGGAACGCCUCCCUUGAGUGUCAACCGCAGUUUUGUCAUUUCAGUACAAGACGUGAACGAGCGUCCAUCAAAGAUUAAUCUCUCACCCAAGAAUAUCAAAGAAAAUUCCGAUGAAGGACGGCUGGUUGGUAAACUUAGUGCAACCGAUGAAGACUUUGGCCAAGUUCAUCAAUUUACUUUACUAGACAGCGCUUUUGGUAGAUUCAAGCUGGUUAACAACUCCGAAAUCAGAGUCGCAAUCUCAAACACCGACUGUUUGCUCCAUGGCGGAAAAAGUUGUCUCCUGAAUUACGAAGGUGCGGAAAACUUUUACACAAUACUUGUACGCGCGACGGAUGACGGGAUACCUCCGCAGCAGCUGACCAUGGGCAUUAACAUAACCCUUGAUGACGUCAACGAUCAACCACGUGACCUGGCGCUGUCAAAGUAUUGGGUAAAAGAGAAUGUCGUAUUGAAUACUACCGUCGGCUAUUUCACGGCCUCCGACGAGGACAAGAACUCGCUGAGCUAUACUUUAGUGCGGGGAGGUCGGGGUCUGUUUGGGGUCGAGACAAACGGUCGGUUGUACGUAGCGAACCCUGUAGACCACGAGAAAUCCAGCAUUGCGCAUGUCACUGUGAGGGUAACGGACAGCGGUGUUCCGCCGAAAUCGAUGGAGAAGAAAUUUACGAUAAUCAUCAAGAAUGUUAACGAAGCUCCGGUGAACACAAGUUUAACGUCAACUGACGGUCAACAAUCGUAUUCCGACGACCACGCGACGAUUAACGAAAAUUCCGCAAAGGACACGGUAGUGGGAACUUUGGUUUCUCUAGAUGAUGACGCUGGACAGAUUUUGACGUACACAAUGGAUGAUGACGCAGGUGGGCGUUUUUCGGUUGAUACAAGUACCAUAACCUGCCACAACGGCACUUCAGACAAUAAAACCAUAUGCACAUGCAAACUUGUGGUCAGUGGUCAUCUAAACUACGAAGACAUACCCUCCCAUGAAAUAAUUGUCGAAGUCUCAGAUGGCAACCACUCACGUGUCAGUAACUUCACGAUCACUUUGCUGGAUAAGAAUGACCAACCGGAAAAUGUGACCAUACAGAGUUCGUUAACCGGUCGGGUAAAGGAGAACGCGAACGAUAAACUGAUCGGUGAACUGGUGACUACAGAUGAAGAUGUUUCCCAGUCUCACGUCUACACUCUGAAAGGAAGUACGAAGUUUACCAUAAAAGGAAACAAGCUGUUUACGUCACAGAGAGCAGAUCUAAAUUAUGAAGAGAAACAGGAAUUUACGAUUGAAAUCAUGUCUACGGAUAACGGUCGCCCUCCGAAGAGUAUCGAACAGAACUUAACUAUUGAGGUCGAAGACGUGAAUGAACCUCCCAGUAAUAUAAUUCUCAGCGGUCUAACCAUCGCUGAAAACAGCCAAAGCGGAACUCUGGUCGCUAAUAUCACCAUUGACGACCCCGACAACCGCGGACCAAAGGGUGACUGGCAGACGCACAAAUGCCAACUCGUCGACUCUGCGCAAGACCGCUUUAAGAUCUCCGGUAGCGAAAACUCGUUACUAGUCUCUUCGGGCGACCUAAACUACGAACAAUCAACUACACACGGUAUUAUAAUAAGAUGCGUCGAUUCUGGUUCGAAGCCUUUAACUAUACAAAAAUCAUUCGACAUUCAAGUUCUCGACAUCAAUGAAAGGCCAGAACAGAUUAAGCUGUCGAACAAGGUGGUGUCAGAAAACGGGGGUCCUUUGCUCGUAGGGGAAUUAAGUACCAUAGACCCGGAUAAAGCGCAGUCGUUUAAGUAUUUCUUGGUAUCAGCAAGCGAGGAGAAUAUGUUUUAUAUUAAUGGAAGUCAACUCAGGACGUACUCAAGUUUGGAUUACGAGAGCAGGAACUUGUGGCAAUUAGCAAUCAAUACUGUUGAUCAAGGAGGUCUGAAUUUAACUCAAGACUUCAGUAUUACCAUAAGGGACACCAAUGACCAACCGACCGAUAUUUUGAUAAGCACUCCGCUGGCUAUUUCUGAAAACAGUAACCUGGGCUCAUCUGUUACUGUAUUCACUGCGGUGGAUCAAGACGCUGGUCAAACGCAUCGCUUUUUCAUUAAGAAGAUCACUGCUUUCGACUACAACUCAAAGAUCAUUUCUGGUUAUGAAAAAGCACUCAAGUUAGAUCCAACAUCUGGGAAACUAACAGUCGCUUCUUAUAUCGAUUACGAGGCUGUUACGGGGUUCAAGUUGGAGAUCAUGACUGAAGACAACGGGUAUCCACAAUUCACCUUCAACAAAACGUUUACCCUCGAUGUCCUCGAUGUCAACGAAGCACCAAAUGACCUCACGCUUGAUAAGAACAAGAUAGCAGAGAACAGCGCCGUGGAUUCGUUGGUAGGAAAUCUCAAUGUUUCAGAUCCCGACAACGUCAAUGAAGAAAAACAUUUUUACACUUGUCACGUUGUAAACAACGUUCCUUUCAAAGUAUCAAAAAUGCGGUUGGUUGUGUCCAAGGCUGACUUAGAUUUCGAAACUAAGUCUGACUAUUCCGUGAAGAUCAACUGCACUGAAAAUGGCAAUUCGACUUUUAGCAUCUACCAGUUGUUUCAAGUUUUCAUAACAGACGUCAACGAAGCACCUUACAACCUGAAGAUGGUAAAUGGUACUUUCGAAAUUCCAGAAAAUGAACCUGUGGAAACAUUUGUCGGCAUCCUGGUUGCCCAAGACCACGACCAAAAUGACACAUUAUCGUUCGAAUUUUCCGACAAAGAGGACGACUCGUCAAAAUUUUCCAUCAACGGAAACAGCUUGCUGACAUCAGCAGUUUUCAAUUAUGAAGAGAAGAGUAGUUACUCCAUAAGCGUUGUCGCAAAGGAUGACGGGACACCAUCUUUGAACCAAACAAAAGAAUUUGAAAUUCAGAUUCUUGAUAUGAACGACAAACCUGUCUCCAUGGGAUUCAAUUCAUCGGGAGUGAAUGAAAACGCCAUAAAUGGCACUGUUGUUGGAAACUUCAUAACAGAUGACCCUGAUCAACAUGACACUCACAGUUAUACCUUGCUCGACUAUAACUUGACAUUUCGCAUCAGCGGCGACAAGCUGCUAGUGAAAGAAUCAGAUCGCUUGGAUUUCGAAACACAAGCUGAAUUUGUUAUUCAUGUUCGAUCAACUGACAGUGGAAAUCCACCGAUGUCUAUUCAGGAAAAUAUAACAGUGAAAAUACUCGAUGUAAACGACAAACCCUACGAAAUCAGAAAUCUGUCGAACUUAACACUGGACGAAAACACACAAGGGGAGACUGCUAUCGUAUUUGAGGUCCUCGAUCAAGAUGUUGGCCAGACCCACACUUGUUUUGUUCAAGAUUCGGAGUUCUUUUUCCUGGAUGAAACACCUGAUCAGAACUGGUCUCUUCGUGUGAAGAAGGGAUCGGUAAUUAAUUAUGAAAGAAACAGUACGAUUUCAAUAAAAGUGAACUGCUCGGACAGCGGUGAUCCACCAUUAUCGAGGUCAGAAACUUUCACAAUCAUUAUAAGAGAUGUAAAUGAGGUGCCCGUUAAUUUGUACUUAAACGGCACAUACGCUGUGGACGAGAUCGCUUAUGUUGGUUAUUCACUCGGAGAUUUGAUGUGCGAAGAUCCUGAUCGUGAGCAAACCUGUUCAUUCCAAGUCAUCGGGGAAUUUGAUGAGACAUUCAAUGUAACACGGAACGCGGGCUUGCAAGUGAUCUCAAAUGCAAAACUGGACUACGAAAAACUGGAUUCUCCUUUCAUAAAUGUAUCAAUCAAAGCAACAGACGACGGCCAACCAAGGUUAUCAUUGACCAGGAAUCUCAACAUCACCGUAAACGAAGUUAAUGAAGGCGCGAAUGAGAUUAAUUUAAGUCCUGGGAACAUCACAUUCGAAGAAACUGCGCCAGUAGGUACGAACAUCAGCGAACUAGUCUGCAAUAACCCAGAGAAGUGGCAAGUGCUGGAAUACACUUUGAUAUCGAGCGGAACACCUUUUGAGAUUGUCAAGGAACCGUAUAACGCCACCUUCGAUCCUCCGAUUUUGACUAGACUCGGUGUAAAACAACGUUCAUUUGAAUUGUAUAAAUCAUACCUGAUCUUGAGUAAGCCAUUCUUGAACUAUGAUAUCAGUCCGAAUUACACGGCGUUGGUUCAAGUUACGGACAAUGGCGAACCGCCUAAGUCGUUCAAUGGUAGUGUUCAUGUCAACGUCUCCAGAAUCGAUCCAUGUCUUCCUGUAAACAACUGCAGUGUAAACGCAAGUUGUGAUAGGAUUGAUGGUUUCACAUACUCGUGCGCAUGUCUGGACGGCUUCGAAGGAGACGGAUACAAUUGCAGCAACAUUGACGAUUGCUUGAGUUCUGAAUAUUGCGAAGGUGAUGAUGUGACGAUUUGUCCUGCCUGUGAUCAUGUAAAUAAAACAGCGUGCCUUGCCUGCGAGCAAAACGGAACGGAGUGUCUUGCGUGCGAACGAAACGCAACGGAAUGCCUUGCGUGCGAACGGAGUGCAAAGCGGUGUGACGCUUGUGAAAAUAACGCCACGUGUCACGAUCAUGUUUUGACUUUCAGUUGCACUUGCCCGGCCGGGUAUAAUGGUACUCGUUGCGGCCAUAAUAUUAAUGAAUGCGAAGCAGGGAACUUCCAUUACAGUUGUAAUGAAGGACAUAGCACGUGUACAGACGGGAUUAAUAACAUAACGUGUGAUUGCGAUAGAGGAUUCACGGAUUGGCUUUGUGAAACAAACAUCGACGAUUGUGCUUCUCAACCUUGUCAUCCGUACGGUGAAUGCAUCGAUCAUAUCGGAUCGUAUGAGUGCAGAUGCAACACGGGCUACAUGGGCUCGCGAUGCGAGCGUUUUGUGAGAGAAAACGAAGACAAAUGCCCGGAUAAACAGAUUUAUGUCCCGUGGCCAUCAGAUUCUGAGGAGGGGAAAACUCGUAGAAAGGAAUCGGAAGAGCGUGAAAGUGGAAACUCCAACGAAGAAGAAGUCCCAGAGAGCAAAGACGAUUGUUUUGGUGGUGAAAACGUGAUAAAACUGUACUUUAGUAAGGAUCUGUUGAAAAAAUUGAAAGAAGGAGGGGCCAGCAUCCACGACGUUGAAGUCAUCGCCGGGAUGAGAAUCGAACUCGAAGAUUGGCUGAAAAAGGUUAUUCAAGUUUGGUACAUAUACGCCAAAAGUUUCAACCAGGAAGGCGACUACAAUUUGAGUGACGUGGGCAUUCUGGACGAUGUUACUGUCAACCCUCGGAAUAUCUCAGUGUCCAUGAUCGCCAGAGUUGGAAAGAAGCCUCUCUCCAGAACCGGCUUCAUUUGUUCUCUUAAUCGAAGUCUGAAUUGCUCCAAGAAGCUCGGUUACCCGAAGUACACAUCCAAUGAUUUCCGCUUCACGGACUACCUCUGUCCGACCGUAAAGAAUGUGGAUAAAUUGAAUUGCAAAACUCGAGAAUCGAGUCUAGACGCUUUACAUGGUGGUGAUAAUUCAAGCGCAUCGUUACCCGGGUGGUCAAUUUACUUGCUAGCGAGUAUAGGCGGAGUAAUUUUUCUUCUUGUCCUGGUGUUCGCUUGCUACGCAGACAGAUCUCAGCGGUUUAACUUCCAGGAAGCGUUACGUAGUCGCGAGCAGUACAAUCACGUGAGAUUACCGGAAGAGGACGACGAACAUUAUCGUGACGUCAUGUUUCGUCAUCACGUCUCGACCAAUGCGGACGGAGAGGUGAAUCCCAUAUAUGGCUUAGACGAGAAUGAGGACGAUUCGCAAAUGGUUUCAAAUCGGCACUUUACGUGGCGUCGAAACGCCGCGGCAAGGUCACGCUAAGCACUUCGAGAAUCCGCUGUACAGUACUUUCGAACGUGAGACAGGACUGCGUGCAAAGCCUGUUGGGAAUGGUGAUGAUUCCAAUUAUAUGACUGAAUAAAUUAACGGUAAAACCUUUGAUGAAAAAAAUGGCUUCUCUACUUCAUUCGUUUUGUAAAGUUGACUCUCAGAGUCAAUUGUAUACAAUUGUGUAGCUUUUCUUACAUCAAAGUUAAAUUUUCAAAUAUUAUUAAUUAAGCAAAAUUUCUGGGAUAAGGGCGCUGUCUUAGUAUAAUAUUGUAAUGCAUUGUGGUCUGAUAAUUGUUAUAAGGCAAAUGGCUAGUGUGAAAUAUACCUCUCCCUUUGUUGUUGCUGUAUAUUACCUUGACAUACGAUUACAAAAACAACGUUGACAUGAAUCUAUAUAGUAGUUAAAUGAAGUUUUAUAACCCACCUACCGCUGCUUGUAUCAGUUGUAUGAAUAGUCUUGCAUCGUUUUAUCUCGACCAAUAAUGACCCAAUCAAUAUAUUUCACCCAUAUAGUGGACCACAGUGCAUUUUGAUUAAAUAUGGCGUCGAUAUCGACUAGAAAAACUAUUUACAACAACGAAAGGACAAUUUAGUCUUGAUUUCAAUGGCUUUAUCUUGUAAUUUUACGGGUGUAUAAUAGUGUUAAGGGUAUAUAAUUUUAAAAAUUUGAAGAGACCUAAUCAAACUGUCUCCAGCUAUUGUUUUGUAUUUAAUCAGUACACUUUCAAGUUGCUCGUUAGACUGUUCGGUCCUGUUCGCACGAUACGAUCGAAGCCGAUCUCCCUUUGACAUAUGUGAAUUCCUAGACUGACAAACAGCUAUAAUGCUACUAGUUGAAAAUGGGAAAUGACAUUUUUAAAAUAUUGAGUUCAGUUUGAUUCGGUCUGUGGGUUUACGAAUUGCUUUUAAAUUGUGAUGGAUAUAUAUUUUCCAAAAACCCCUCGUAAUAUAGCUACAUUCAUACCAAUAAAUAUAGAAUCAUUCGUAUUUGUAACAAAUAGAGUUUAAUAACUUUUAAAAUGGAUGACAAUAUUUAUUUUAAUUUGCACGUAAUUGUAAAAAGUAAAUGCUGAUCACUAGCAUUCUGUAUAUUCGAACAAGUCAAUAUAGGAACGUAUUUGAAUGAUUGAAAA